CGCUGAUCAGAGGGAAAUGCAAGUGCCGGUUCUCGGCUGCACUUUCCUCACGCUGUCAGAUCGUGAGGAAAGUACUGCCGAGAACCGGCAGUUGUCAGAGAGGGGAUCGGCACCGAUCAUCAGGGCACUGAUGAUCGGUGCCCUGAUGAUCGGUGCCCAGCAGUGCCGCCCGCAAGUUCCGCCCACCCUUGCUGCCAGUCAGUGCCACCAUCAGUGCCGCCAGUCAGUGCCCAGCAGUGAUGCCAGUCAGUGCCAUCUAUCAGUACCCAUCAUCAGUGUCACCUAUCAGUGCCGCCUAUCA